GAGACGGAAUUCAUAGUAGCAAAGAUAAAUAUCAUAUUCAAAGAAAAAUUGCACCAUUUUCUGUUUAAUCAAGCUGCAAAGUGAUGACAUGAGUGUUCUAGUUCUUCUCAUUGUUGCUGUUACCUAGUAAGAGUAAGUGUUGAUCAUUGAUAGUGUGUGGUGAGGUUUCUCUGGUGUAGUUCUAAUUUAAUAAAUUAACAACCUUAAUAUGGGCUGUGAUGGGGGCACUAUCCCCAAAAGAGCUGAGCUGGUAAAUACAAAAAAGAAGCCAGUGAAAGAGAAAGACGAGAAAAAUGCUUGGUUGUGGAGAACCUGCAGCCUCACACAGCUGGUGUUUGAACCACCGGUAGUAUCGUGCUUCUUGGGCAAAUUUUAUAACAAAUGUGCUGUGAUUGAUGCCCUGUUGAACAAGAGUCCUGUGCUCCCACAGCACAUCAAAAGGUUGAAGGAUAUUAAAGAUCUGAAGCUUACUCCAAAUCCAGCAUUUAAGCCAUCAGCGGAGAAGGGCGAUGAGUAUAUUGAUUGCCAUUUAGCACCAUACAUCUGCCCAGUGGUUGGAAUUGAGAUGAAUGGGAAGUUUCGAUUUGUGUUCCUCUGGGGAUGUGGUUGUGUCAUGUCAGAAAGAGCUCUCAAAGAAGUGAAGAGUAAGCUGUGCCUCAAGGUAAGAAACUAUUGAAAUUAUUAUCAAGAU